AGCGGUGCACUCCCGAUAGGAGUAUAAAAGGCAUGGAGUGGAACUGGCCCUGGAUUAGUGCCAGUAUGAAGCUUCUGCAGGCGGUACUCGCAGUCUCUAUCUUCGCGAUUUGUUCCAGUGAUCGGCAAAGGUUCGACAACUACAGGGUUUAUACAGUGAGCCCCACCAAACAGGAUCAGUUGGAGGCCCUGAGAACUCUAGAGGCCAAGAGGGAAGAUGCCUUGAUUCUCAAUCAUCUCCAUUUGGGUCCCACGGAUUUUCUUGUAGCUCCCAGCUACGAUGAGCAGUUUUUGGAGCUCCUAAGUCGUUUGGAGCUCGUCCCAGAGCUGAUAGACGAAAACGCCCAGGCCAGUCUCUCCCUGGACAUUGAACCAGUGGCCGAUUCGAAUCGUCGGAGCGAUGACUAUACCUGGUCGGAGUACCAUGAGCUGAACGAUACCCAGAAAUGGAUGCAGAAUCUGGUUGCAAAGUACCCUGAUACGGUCAGCUUAUUUGUGGCUGGUAGGAGCUACGAGGGUCGUGAGCUAAUGGGCCUAAAAAUUGAUCGAAAGGAUGGCCGGGCCGAGAAGCAGUCCAUCUUCCUGGAGGCUGGGAUGCACGCUAGGGAGUGGAUAGGUCCUGCCACUGCCACGUACUUUGCAAACGAGCUACUGACAUCUCAAAAGCCAAAUAUCAUGAGCCUGGGCAAGUCCUAUGUCUGGUAUAUCCUGCCCCAUGCCAAUCCUGAUGGCUAUGUCUACACCCACACCACGAACCGCAUGUGGCGCAAGACCCGUAGCCCCCAGGACAAGAACUGCUAUGGAACCGAUCCGAACCGAAACUGGGCCUUCCAUUGGCGCGAAGUGGGGGCCAGUGAUGAGCCCUGCUCGGAGUCCUAUGCUGGUCCUAAGGCCUUUUCCGAACCAGAGACUGAAACCCUCUCAAAAUACCUCACCUCCCUGCCGGAGCCGAUGUUCAUGUACCUGUCCCUGCAUUCCUUCUCCCAGCUACUGCUCUACCCGUAUGGACACACCUCCAAGCUGCCGGAGAAUCAUCGGGAUAUGGAGCGAAUCUUCGAUGUGGCCGUGAAUGCCGUAAAAAGGCGAUAUGGAACUCGUUAUACGGGAGGUAAUGUCUAUGACGCCAUCUAUCCUGCGGCUGGUUCCAGCAUGGACUGGGCCUACGGAGUCCUGAAGGUUAAAUACUCUUUUACUUACGAACUACGACCCUCGGGCUACAGUUUCUGGACAGGCUUCAGGCUGCCCGCCUCCCAAAUAAUUCCCACGGGUCAGGAAACCACCGACUCCCUGGCUGAAAUGAUAAAAGCAGCUGCCACAAUCGAGGGCUAUAAAUUACAAGAAGCAUAAACAUUUCUAAGUUUAAUUGAUACUAAAAAGAUUAAGUCACUGCUCCAAAUAAGGAGAUAAGAAAAAUCCACUACACGAAUCUUUAAACAAAAUCGAUAAGAAAUCUGGUUUAUUUUGGGUUUUGAAACUAAAUCUGAUUAAA